AGAACCUAUGGGAAACAGGGAGAAUGUACCCAUUUACUUUGCCACUGGCUUGAAGACAAUCUUUCCAGUACUUCUCGCGGGUGGUUUCUCAGAUCUGGGUAUGGUGGCGCGGUGGGGUGGUAGUGAUCGACCAGCUCCUCCAAGUAAGGCCUCAUCCAAGACGCGAGACAGAAGCGGCCUAACAACAAGGGAGUAUAAACACCCCAUAUUUUCCUCUCACUCUUACCAGCGGGACGAAGCAAUAACCGACGUCACUCUCACUAGUUUCGUGGUCGUCUGGAACUAUAACUUAUGGAUGUCAGGUUCAGACUUAGCUGUGGUGUUUAACUGUCUUAUGUAUGCUCCCAUCGACUCGUACUUUGGACUGCGGGUUACGACUAGUAUACCUCCAGGCCGCUAUGAUAGCCUGCUGUCCUAGUAGUGGCCCUUUGCGGUGAUGUUGCGAGGGUUUGUGAGCAUGAUAGCCA